AUGACCAUAUACGUCAUUGAGAUCGUACCUGAAGGAAGGCCCAGGCUGCCCUUCUUCGUGGCCUCCGCAAUAACCCAGUCCCAAGCCAAGCAUCUCUGUGCCUCAGCUCCAGUCUACACCGCAGGCCAAAAGAAUUUGGAUCGAUACAAGAAAAAAAAGAAACAGUUCUACGACCAAGCCACAAAAUCCGAAGCUCUUGUAAAAGCGAGGAACACAGAGUCUGUGUGCAUCAACCUGCAGUCCCAGAUCCUCAACUGCUACAAGGAGAACCGGGAGCAGACACUGCAAUGCUCUGACCUGGCCAAAACGUACAUGCAGUGCAUUGACGCAGCCAAGAAGAACCUGCUGGUAAACCAUGGAUGAAGAGCAAUGGAGAACAGCAGUGGAAAAUGCUAAAACUCAUGUCCAGGAAUAGUUUUACUGAAGCACAAAAACUGGCAGUUCUAAAUGUAGCACUCAUUCUUAUUUAGGGGCAGCGGGCUGCUUUGGUGUUAGCAUCAUGUCUUUUAUACAUUGUUUUAAGCAGACACUAUUGUACAUUUUUCAGGGUACAGUAGAUAUUUGAAAGAGGACUGACUAAAGGUUUUAAGUUGUAUAUACAGUACCGGUCAAAAGUUUGGACACACCUACUCAUUCAAGGGAUUUUCUUAAUUUUUACUAUUUUCUACAUUGUAGGAUAAUAGUGAAGACAUCAAAACUAUUGUAACGAUCUUCAUCUGAGGAACAGGAAAGAUUGGAUCAAAACGCAGCAUGGUAAGUGUCCAUGUUAAUUUAAUAUCACUGAACACGAAAUACAAAAUAACCAAGUGAAACAACGAAAAUUGAAACAGUCCUGAAAGGUGACACAACACAAAACGGGAAACUACCCACAAACACCAGGUGGGAACA